UAUAUAUACCCGCCUCCGUUUCCAAUUCAAUUCGCGUCCUAUCACUCAUUCUCCCUCCCAAGGAACCAACACUACAAUCAACACAGGUCGUCCAUUUGCAUACACUAACUGGCUAUGGCUCCAGCAACAGCAGAAACCAUCAAUGCUAGAGAUGUUUGCAUUGUUGGUGUUGCCCGUACACCAAUGGGUGCCUUUCUUGGCUCUCUUUCAUCAUUGCCAGCUACCAAGCUUGGAUCUAUAGCUAUUGAAAGUGCUCUUAAGAGAGCAAGUGUUGAUCCGUCUCUUGUUGAAGAAGUUUUCUUUGGAAAUGUACUCAGUGCAAAUCUGGGACAGGCUCCAGCCAGACAAGCUGCACUGGGUGCAGGAAUACCAAACACAGUGGUCUGCUCCACUGUUAACAAAGUUUGUGCAUCUGGAAUGAAAGCAACUAUGCUUGCUGCACAAAGUAUCCAAUUAGGCAUCAAUGAUGUUGUCGUGGCCGGUGGAAUGGAAAGCAUGUCUAAUGUUCCUAAAUACUUUGCAGAAGCAAGGAAAGGAUCUCGCCUUGGGCAUGAUUCUCUUGUUGAUGGGAUGCUUAAAGAUGGUCUGUGGGAUGUUUAUAACAAUUGCGGGAUGGGAGUAUGUGCUGAAUUAUGUGCUGAAACUCACAAACUCUCAAGAGAAGAUCAGGAUGACUUUGCAAUUCAAAGUUUUGAACGUGGGAUUGCUGCUAACAAUGCUGGUGCUUUUGCAUGGGAGAUUGUACCGGUUGAGGUGUCAGGGGGAAGAGGAAAGCCUUCCACUAUUGUUGAUAAGGAUGAAGGCCUAGGGAAGUUUGAUGCUUCAAAGCUGAGGAAACUUCGACCAAGUUUUAAGGAAGAUGGAGGUUCUGUGACUGCUGGUAACGCUUCCAGCAUAAGUGAUGGUGCUGCUGCUUUGGUAUUGGUCAGUGGAAAGAAAGCCAUUGAGCUUGGUUUAACAGUGAUUGCAAAGAUCACGGGAUAUGCAGAUGCUGCUCAGGCACCAGAAUUAUUUACAACUUCUCCUGCUCUUGCAAUUCCAAAAGCAAUAAAAAAUGCUGGUCUAGAAGCCUCUCAAGUUGAUUAUUACGAAAUAAAUGAAGCUUUUGCGGCUGUAGCCCUCGCAAAUCAGAAACUACUGGGGAUUAAUGCGGACAAAGUAAAUGUACACGGUGGAGCCGUGUCUCUGGGUCACCCUCUUGGAUGCAGCGGAGCCCGAAUAUUGGUUACACUUCUCGGGGUCCUGAAGCAGAAGAAUGGAAAAUACGGAGUUGGUGGCAUUUGCAACGGUGGAGGCGGCGCUUCAGCCCUUGUUUUAGAACUGCUGUAACCCAAUUUACGGCUAUUUACAGACAACCCAUAGAUUAUUGAUUACCAGACAUGGUGAUUUCGAGUAUAAAAUGAUGUUCGAAUUCCAUGUAUCUUUUGUAUUCUUCACCAAUAAAUACUAGUGUGUUUAAAUUAUUGAAGAAAUGUAUAACAUAAAUUAUUACUUUUUGUCUGA